AUGAGCUUCGUCGGCGGAACAAUAGACUUCAUCAAAGUGAAAAUUUUCAAGACCCGCAAGAAGAUGUGCAUGUGCGACAUGCGUGGCAUGUAUCGUUGGAAUUUUUGGGGGAAGUGCCGCAUCUGCUAUCGAAUUUUUGCGUGGAUCCCAGUACUCUUCAUACUGGCAGUUGUAGCAUGGGCAUAUUAUGCCUAUGUGUUCGUGUUGUGCUUUACCGUGGUCCAAGAGCGGUGGAUUGCGGCCCUUUACAUGGUCUUAUUCCAUGGUACUUUGUUCCCAUUUCUUUGGGCUUACUAUCAAGUCGUCAUGCGGAAUCCGGGGGAAGUUCCCACGCAUUUUAGGCUUUCAGCUGAAGCGUGCGACAGGAUGCAAGGGAUGAAUACCGUGGCGGAUCAGAAUCGGUUUCUGAAUGAAAUCGCCCGCGGUUUACCGCUGAUAACGAGGAGUUUCGAAGAAAAUGUCAGGUUUUGUGAAAUAUGUGCGCACAUCAAGCCCGACAGAAGUCACCAUUGCAGCGUUUGUGGGACGUGUGUUUUGAAGAUGGAUCAUCAUUGCCCAUGGGUGAACAAUUGUGUCGGCUACGCAAACUAUAAAUUCUUCAUACUCUUCCUCUUCUAUGCAUUCGUGCUUUGUUUCGUCGUUGGAUUGACAGUACUGCCCCAUUUCAUUGCAUUUUGGGAGCGCACGGGGCUUUCAGAUCCCACCAGCACGGAACCAAGCCCAGGAUUCGGGUCAAGAUUCAAUAUACUUUUCUUGUUCUUCGUUGCCGUGAUGUUCGGAAUCAGUGUAUCGAUUCUGUUGUCGUAUCAUAUGCACUUGGUUUCAAGGAAUCGAACAACCUUAGAAGCUUUUCGACCUCCGGUAUUGUCCAGUGGACAAGACAAGCAUGCCUUUGAUCUCGGUUGCUUACGUAAUGUGGAACAAGUCUUCGGCCCGACGAAGCUCAUGUGGUUUGUGCCGAUGAAGACUUGUGCCGGAGAUGGUGUCGUUUAUCCUACUCGAGCUGGAGUUCGUGUGACAACGUACGCCUCGAUGGAAGAUGGGGCGCAAAAUCCGUUGCAUUCAGAUUCUUACGGUGGGAGUGGUGACGGUGUUGGACGACUGGACUCUUCGCGGUAUGAUACUGCGCCAUUGACUAAUGGAGCUGCUCUGGAUACUGGUUUGAAUGCCGUGGUCAUUGACUCCACUGUAAACGAGGACGAACUGGUGGACGAAAUUAAUGCGCUCACAGUUGAAGACCUCAAUAAUGAAUGCUCAACUAGACUUAUGAAAUGGAUGAAUUAUUUGGAUGUUGAUCCAACAAUGGAAACGGAGCUGCAUACGUUUCCUGAAGUUUUUGACUUACCCGAGCAAAGUCAACUUAGGAAAGAUUGCGCAGAAGCUGUUGAAAAACUAGGUAAUGAAGACGAAGACAAGGUUUCAGUCCUGUCCGAUCUUGAAUCAAUUUUGUCGUGCUAUUGCAAGCAGCAUGAAAUACCGUAUUCCACGAGCAACGGCUGGUUGGAUGUAAUUCUACCGCUCAUAUCUUUGAAGGCUUCGAAAUACGAGCUGUACGCUAUGUUCUCAUCCAUGAUGGAAAGAUAUGUGCCAAGAGAUUGCUCGUUGAAAGGGAAGCCAUUCCAUCUUUUCCGACUCUUGUUGUUGUACCAUGAACCGGAAUUAUGCUCCUUCCUAGAUUCCAAAAAAAUUCUACCUGAUGCGUAUGCUAUGCAGUGGUUCCGCACUCUGUUUGCCUCUUCCACCGCGCUCAGCGUGAUCCAGAAUGUUUGGGAUUAUCACUUUCGACAGGAAGACCCGUUUUUCCUAUUCUUUCUUGCGUUAGUACUGCUCAUGAAUCAAAAAGGGGCUAUCCAUGAUUUUCAAGGGGCUUCGGAUGGAUUAGUUGACUUGAUUGUGGGAAUACCAAGCGGCGUAUGUGAAGACGACGUUGAGGACUUGUGUGCAUUAGCGCAUUAUUAUUCGGUGAAAACUCCGCAUUCUUAUUGGAAUGAAUUUAGGUAUAUAUUCAACCGAGAGAUCCGAUUCCCUGACGAAACUGCCUUGCCAGUGGAACUGAACCUCGCACAGGCUCUGUGCAUGCCAGUCACAGUUAAAGAGCUGCUGACGAGUACGUUGCUUGUUCGUCACGUUGGCGGGUGUUCUGAGCGACCCCGGUUUUUCGUCGUGGAUUGUAGGCCAGCGGAUCAGUACAAUGGUGGACACCUGCCGACUGCAUUCCACCUCGACGCCGAUUUGAUGCUACAAGAGCGGAACGCGUUUGCACUAGCAGCGCAGGGCCUUCUGACAGCGCAGAAACAAGCCAUUGCCGCGAAUAGCGUAGCCGGUGGAGAGCAUCUGUGUUUUAUGGGUUCCGGCAGGGAGAAAGAAGAUCAGUACGUUCACAUGGUCGUUGCGUAUUUUCUGCAGAAAAAUUGCACUUUCGUUUCGAUGCUGGUCGGAGGCUAUGCAGCCUUACACGAUGACCUCUCCGAAAACCUUUCCGGAGGGCUGAAGAACCACAACGCGGAUGCAUGCAUUAUUUGCUUAUCGGAGGAAACAACAGCGCGUACGAAAGGGAAAAGAAUGGGUUCGUCAGGAGCAGUGCAAACCUCGACGAGCUCGAAUAUGUCUACGCUGUUCGAUAAAAUUGGGUCAGCGGUGAAAAGUAAAUCUUCGGAAGUGAAAAAGCAGCUUGUAGACUACAUAACAAAUCCAACCGGAACGGGCAGCACUGUUGACGAAAAAGUGAAGCAUGUAUCACCUCGAGACAAAAUAGGACGAAUGUACCGCGGCAUGGCUUCAGUCUUCACAAUUGGAGACGACGAUCCCGACGAGGAGGGCUGUGGCGUUUCUGGCGAUAAUGAUGAUUUCAGUGCACCGGAGAUCGUUUCCAUUUCCACUUGGAUCGCAAAACCCGACGUUGUUGGACAUUUCCAAUGCCACGAAAUCAAGCCGAAUGGUCAUCUUUACGAAGCAACUUUGCUAGUAACAGAUACGCACAUGUACAUAUUGCGAAAAUCCGACCGCGACAAUGACGAAGCGUCGAUUUCUGUGAGGCGUGCUCUGAGCUCAGUUCUUAGAAUCACGUCACGAAAGAAACAGCCGGAGAUGAUAACUUUCCGCUACGGCGUCCGGGAGGGAGAGAACUUCAUCAUCACAGACAUGGAUCGGCUCAUAAUCCCGAAGGUAUCCGAGGCUACAAACUUGAUCAAAAGUAAAGUGCUGGAGUGCACGGAGGGCUUGGAUGCUGCGGAGGCGCAUCGCGGGGCGGAGGCGAGGGCUAAAUCUCCUACUUAGAGAGGAGAGCUAUUUUUUCCUCUGAAUGCCUCUUGCACGUGGAAAGCUUCCGCAGAAGUACUUGGUUUCACCCCGUGUGUUAUGCGCCUUUUUUGUUGUUGUUUUUUGGCCUUCGCAGCACAUAAUUUACUUGUGAUGGCUUCGCGUGAUUUUUUUUGCUCUCCGUCGGAAAUGCGAUGAUUCCCCUUUUUUAUUUCUGUGAAAGGGAAAAAAAAGAGAGCUUUUUGUUUGCUUUAACUUGACAAGGACGUUCGGAGUGAGUAGCGCUGUUUCAAUUGAUUCGGGCUUGUGUCUCUUCUCCCGGUAUUUUUCGGUAUAUUGCACCACGCAAGUCAUGCGUGACGUUCUUUGAAGUCAGCUGAAAGGGUUUUCUGGUGCCACUGUCAGAUUGCGUUUCCAAUGCUGGCACAUUCGAGAUUUCACGCGUUUGUGGAGUCAUUGGAAGGGUAUUUUUCACGGAAUUCUUGCUGUUCCAAGGGAGUAUUUUUUGCUAAAUUGAGGAUUGUCGUUCAAGUAGGUUGUGUUGUGGCCAAUUUGUCGCUUGACUAUUGCAGAAAAAAUCGUCGGCAAAGAAAUGCUAUUCAUGAGGGAAACUGUUCUGGGUGUGAUGAUGUGGUUGAGAAGACUUGAUAUUUCGUGUUUUAGGGCAAGGAUAAACUUUGAAGAAAAUUA